CCCGGGUAAUCCAGUUACUAGUUAAGAUUAAGAAUUAUAAAAUAAUAAUAAAGUGAAAUAUAAUAAAAUAAUUAAGUGAAGAAAAGUGAGAAAAGUAAGAAAGGAGGAAAGUUCUAGAAGGAAAACUGUUUUGCCCAAUCACAGCCCUUAUUUCAGUGACUGACUCUCCAAAGAGCCAAUGUUAGCAGCACUUUCAUAAGCCCCGCCCACAACCUGCAGCGGCACUACUAGACUGUCAGUUUGAAAGACAGAGUGAGAGAGUGAAACGGAGCAGCUACACAGAGCGAUAUUCAGAGAUCCUCUAUAAGAAAGUUUUAAAAUAGAUCGCGAAUAACUUUGGAUGCAGUAAAUAGUCAUAUUUCUGAACGGAUUCGAUUACGUGAAGUUGUCAUUGGAGUGAGAGGACAACAAAGCAAAGAUUUGUGAACUGAAAGUGGAUGAAAUCCAACGGAGAAUUGGAGUGUUGCAAAUGAGCUUAUUUGAAUAUAUAUGAAGUUAUUGCCUUGGCUGGGUUUUUGUUUUGUCUAUGAUUUAUUCUACGUGAUUUCCUGUGAGAGAUUCCUGUUUUGUGCCAUAUUUAAUCCUUCUGGAGAGGAAUCUGUGUAUCUGACGUGAUUAAAUAUGCACAAUGGCGAGCCAUCAAUGAACCUGUUUCCACUUUGAACUGUGCUAAGAUUCACCAACUGGUAGGAAAUUUCCAAUUUUUUCUUGCUUUUGGACACAAAAAAAAGACUCUCGUUCGUUGAACUCUUGAUAUUUUUUUCUUCUACCAAAAGGAGAGAUUGUCUUUUGAACUUGAGCUCAUUGAGAGAGUUUAAUAACUCUUGUUACUGAACUGAAUCAUUUGAUUCACGAACUGUGUUCAACUGAGUUGUUUGAUCUCUAUUGGAACUGAACUGAAUCAUUUGAUUCACGAACUGUGUUCAACUGAGUCGUUUGAUCAUUAUUCGAACUGAAUUGAAUCAAUUUGAUGCAUUUGUGUAUUUUCAGCUCAUAUUGUUGAGUAUUCUGUUGAGUUUGAAAAGAAAAGUGAUCUGUUCUGAGAAAUUUGAAUCACAUUCAGUGUUCUGAGUUAAAUUGAAUGUCCAUUCAAUAUUUUUUGGGGUUUUAUUGAAUGUAAUAUUUUGCUGAAGGUCAUAUUAUUUGUAAAAUACUUUCCCUGAAGUGAAAGAAAAACACACUACUGUUUUAUUUUGAGAGUUUUAUUUAUUUUUAUAUUUUGUGAAGAGUGUGAAACUUCAAAUUGAAUUGAAUCUGUCAAACUGUUGAAUUCUUGAUCCUAUAAGAAAUGAAAGAAGAUUGUUAAUUGUUGAUCUUCACUGUUAACAACUGAGUCUAUAUCUGUGAAUUAUUCAUUGAACAAAUAACAAAAUAGAAAUUUUCUAUAAUAAUACAAUUCACUGAAUCAGAACAAAACUUUGUCAGUCACUUACUCACCUGCUGUACUGCCUCCACUCUCCAGUAGACGUUCCUUGCUUCUGAUAUUCAUUGGCCCAGACUGAAAAUUAUUACUAGCUGUAGCGCAAUCAGUUACGUUGCACGUUACAUGUUACAACUUUGGCGAGCCAGCCAGGAGAGAGGACGCAGCAGAAAUUAAGGUGAAUAACCACUGAGAUAGACGUAUAGUGAAUCAGAAAAACAGACAAAAAUGGAUGUUGUAGGACGAGAAAAUGUCAAUGUGCAAAAUGCAGUCAUCGUUAGUGGAGUAACACUGACUGAAGAGGACCAAGUUCUAGAAACAUACCUUUCAAGAUUUGGCUCUGUGCGACGCAAUCUGCUAAUUGAUGAUCCACAGUCAGAAUUUCAUCGCAAUGCAAUAGUAGAGUUCACACACAGGUCAGCCAUGAGCAAUCUCGAGCCCCAGCUGCCUCUAACCUUAGUGAGCCCCACUAAUACAGACAUUGUGUUCCGUGUGCGAGCCCUGGGUAUGGUGCACACCCCCACCAUUAGUACUGCCACUGUUGAGUGCUUGGAGAAACUACAGACAAUAGCAAACGCCAACGGAGAAACUUUACAAAAUGUCCUCCAACGAGAGUUGAUGAAGGUUGGUGGGGCGAAAACUCCAGUUGACGUGCCACAAGAGACAAAUCCCUUGACAAGCGCUACUAGCAGCCCCUCACGGUUGGAAGGAUUCAAGUCACCCUCUGUCUUGAGAUUGGAACCCGAAAACCCAGCCGCAACACAAAAAUUAACCACAGAACGGGUAGCCCAUCCCCCGUUAGAAAAUCCACACUUUCAAGAAAUUCAACGUAGAGGAUCACAAAACCUGGCCUCGGAGCAACGUAGUAGUGGGAACCGCAGUCCCUCCGUCACAGUGACAUCCCAUCCCUCACUCACAAUGGACAUGAUUGACCCUCCCAGUGUGCAGAAGGUGGUUGUAGAACAUAUUGUUAGAACCAAUGAUGGAGCCCCAUUGCACCAGGCCUCUUUCCGCCUCAGAUCAUUCUCAGGAAAAAUCCCCAGGCCCAUUAAUGAGCCAGAUUUUGAUACUUGGCGUGCAAGCGUGGACUUCCUGUUGACAGAUCCCUCAUUCUCUGAUCUACAUCGAACAAGAAAAAUUCUUGACAGCCUUCUCCCACCAGCCGCAGAUAUUGUUAAACAUGUGUCCCCUAAUAGCUUACCUGCAGUGUAUUUGAAGUUGCUGGAGUCUGUGUAUGGCUCUGUGGAAGAUGGAGAUGAGCUGCUAGCUAAGUUUAUGGGUGCCCUCCAAAAUCCGGGUGAGAAGCCUUCAACUUAUCUACAUAGGUUACAAGUUCUUCUGAGUACAACCAUUAGACGAGGAGGCAUAUCUGAAAGUGAGAGAGACCGCUGUCUGCUGAAGCAAUUUUGUCGCGGCUGUUGGGACAACAGUCUCAUUGCAGAUCUCCAGCUAGAGAGGAAGAAAACAGACCCUCCUUCCUUUGCAGAACUAGUGGUGCUUAUACGCACAGAAGAGGACAAACAUGCCUCUAAAGAAGAGAGGAUGAGGAAGCACUUGGGGCUAACCAAGCAUUGUCCUGCUACUUCGAAAAUCAGACCAUCGACACAUCAGAUAUCUGCAUACCCAUGCGACACACAAGAUAAUGAUUCUACUGAUGCAAGUUUACAGCAAGUUUGCGCACUACAAUCUCAAGCUGUUCCUGUGCAAAAACCCUCAGGUCAUCAAAACAAAGCUGCCUCAUCAAAAUCCAAUGAAGUGAGUGAGCUAAAAAGGGUUGUAGCAGAGUUGCAAGCACAAGUCACUGCCUUGAACACCGCAAUUAUUUCAAAAGAAAGUAAAGAUGAGAAAGCAAUUGAAAUUUCUGACCUUAAAAGACAGAUUGCUGCUUUGAGAGUUCAAGUCCCUACCUAUGAAGUUCACAAAGAGCACCCUGAGAGAUUUUUGCAGUCUAGAGGUCAGGUCAGGCGCAAGAUACCAGAACAAGGUGCAACAGAGUGGGCCACCCAUGACAAAAUGCCUGAAAGCAGACCCCGUCCUGGGUACUGUUUUAGAUGUGCGGAAAAUGGUCAUCUUGCCCGUGACUGUAAUAAUGCUCCUGAUCCUGCUAAAGUUGCAGAAAAGAGACGCAAGCUAAGAGAACAACAAGCCCUGUGGGAUUCCCAACACGAGGCCCUACAAAAAUCUUUAAACUGGGAACCGUCUCUGUAGAGGGGCAUACAGAGACUAGGCGAGACAAAGGCCCUAAGAAACCUACUUACUCUUUUAACCAAAACGCAUGCAGCCAAA